AGGCGACCUCCCUCCUCAGUCCUCAGCGCAGACCGCAUUUUGUCAUUUCGUUCAUUUGAGUCGGAAAUGUCAGACAGACAGAUCCUCAGUCCGUGCAGCAACAAGUCGCGAGUCCGAAUUAUUUCGUUUACAUAGGUUUUGCUUAGACUCUCAUGCAGCUUCUUCUUGUUUUCGUGUGGCCUGCAUAAAGGCAUAUUUUGUCACGUUGGGUUGUUCAAACGGAAGUACAAUGAGGCCGAGCGGCUACAAUGGAGCGAGAGAUAGGCUCAUAGAUGAAGCAGAACAACUUAUAUCGUACAUCGAAAGGGGGACGGCAGUGUUCAAGUUCUUCCCUCGCAAAAGACCUGAACGAGGGACUUUGCUGGUUCAACGAGAGACGCACCAGGUCAUCUGGCUGCGGCCAGGAAAUAACUCGAGGCACAUGUACGAUUUCUUUCUGGACAUCAAAUAUGUAAAAGAAGUGCGCCAGGGGAAGAAUUCCAAAGUCUUCGAGCGGUGGCCUGAGGAGACCAAGCGGCUGGAGAACUCCAAAUGCUUCACGAUUUAUUUUGGAACGGAAUUCAAACUCCACUCGGCGUCGUUCGCUGCACCAACAGACAAAGAGUGCGACGCGUGGGUCAAAGGCGUGCGGUUCCUCGUGGAGGAAGCCAACACCGUGCCCUACCCGCUGCAAAUAGAACGUUGGUUGAGGAAAGAGUUCUAUAUAAUCGAGAACUCACACGAAAAGGUUUCCCUCAAGGAAGUCAAGGCAUUCCUGCCAAAAAUCAAUUGUAAGAUAUCCACCAGCAAACUCCGAGACAUAUUUCAAGAAGUCGACACGGCGAAGAAAGGCGAAAUAGGAUUCGACGAUUUCGCACUUUUGUACCACAAACUAAUAUUCGACAAGAGCAAUGUGAACGAGAUAUUCGAUCAGCACAUGGAUUACUGUAGAGAGAACAAGGAUAUCGUCACUUUGAAAAACUUCAAAAGAUUCUUGCUCGUCGAGCAGCAAGACCCGCUGGGCGACGACCACCAGGGGUCCUCGCAGUUCAUUCGCAACUACCUACGGGACCCGCAGAGGGACAUCUCCGAGCCCUACUUCAAGUUGGAAGAGUUCAUCGAGAUGCUGUUCUCGAAGCAGAACACCAUUUUGGACAGCGCGCACGACCGCGUCACCCAGGACAUGACGCAGCCUCUCUCGCACUACUGGAUCUCGUCGUCGCACAACACAUACCUGACCGGCGACCAGUUCUCGAGUGUGUCGUCGCUCGAAGCGUACGUCCGCUGCCUGCGAGCGGGUUGCCGCUGCAUCGAGCUGGACUGCUGGGACGGGCCCGACGGCAUGCCGUUCAUCUACCACGGCCACACGCUCACCACCAAGAUCCGCUUCAUGGACGUGCUGCGCACCAUCAAGGAGCACGCGUUCGUCACGUCGGACUACCCGCUCGUGCUGUCCAUCGAGGACAACUGCUCGCUGCCGCAGCAGAGGAAGAUGGCGCUGGCCUUCAAGGAGGUGUUCGGCAGCAUGCUGCUGGUGGCGCCGCACGACCGAAACGAGACGCGUCUGCCCUCGCCGCACGACCUGCGCCGCAAGAUCCUGCUCAAGCACAAGAAGCUGCCCGAGGGCGCCGAGGAGAGCGCGCUGCCGGUGCACCAGGACGACGGCAAGGACCUGGACCUGCGCAACACCAUCAAGAACGGCAUCCUGCUGCUGGAGGACCCGGUGGACAAGGACUGGAACCCGCACGCGUUCGUGCUGACGGAGAACAAGCUGUACUACACGCAGCACUACAGCACGCAGGCCGACACCGACCUGGACAGCGACGGCGAGGCGGAGGCCGUGCGGAGCGUGACCGUUCCGCAGGACGAGCUGCACUUCGGCGAGCGCUGGUUCCACGGGCGGCUGGCGGGCAACCGCGAGGAGGCCGAGGCUUUGCUGCGAGCGCACGCCGCGCUGGGCGACGGCACCUUCUUAGUGCGCGAAAGCGUCACCUUCGUCGGUGACUACUGCCUGUCCUUCUGGCGCCAGGGCAAGGUGAACCACUGCCGCAUCAAGCUGCGCCACGACCGCGGCCUCGUCAAGUACUACCUCAUCGAGUCCGUCUGCUUCGACAGCCUGUACAGUCUCAUCACGCAUUACCGCCAGAAUCCGCUGCGGAGUCAGGAGUUCCUGAUCACGCUGAAGGAGCCGGUGCCGCAGCCCAACAAGCACGAGGGCAUGGACUGGUGGCACCCGACGGUGUCCCGCACACAGGCCGAGGAGCUCCUACGCCGGGCCAAAAGCGACGGCGCCUUCCUCGUGCGCCCCAGCGAGAAGGAACAGGGAUCUUUCGCGAUCAGCUUCAGGUCAGACAAGGAGAUCAAGCACUGCCGCAUCCGGCAGGAGGGCCGCCUCUACGCCAUCGGCACGGUCAAGUUCGAGAGCCUCGUGGAGCUCGUCAGCUACUACGAGAAUCACCCGCUCUAUAAGAAGGUGAAACUGUGUCAUCCCAUAAGCGAGAAAGUGGUUAAGAGGAUCAUCAGUGAACCCGACGACGGCUCCGUGUACGGCACCCCCGGCUACAUGGAUCCCUCCUCCUUCGUGUCUAAGGUGACGGUGAAGGCUCUGUACGACUACCGCGCGCGGCAGGACGACGAGCUGUCGUUCGCCAAGCACGCAAUCAUCACCAACGUGGACAAGCCCGAUGAAGGCUGGUGGCGCGGCGACUACGGCGGCAAGAAGCACCACUGGUUCCCCGCCAACUACGUCGAGGAGAUCGAAGUCCCGCAAGCUACGGAGAUCGCAACGAGCGAUACAGCUGCGUUGGGUGCCUUGCAGCAAGGCGAGCUGGACGUGAUGGGCGCGGUCGUGGAGCUGGUGGUGGGAGAGGAGACGGGCAAGCCGCGCUGGGUGGUGCGCGUGCAGAGCCCCGCCAUGGUCUCACCUUUCGACAUGGCCGCGCCCACCAGGGAAAUCGCUUUGGAGUGGCUGACGGCCAUCAAGGAGGCGGCGCAAAACGCCAGCGCGCGCUCUAUCCAGCACAAGAAGAUGGAGCGCACCUGGCGUAUUGCCAAGGAGGUCUCCGACCUGAUCGUCUACUGCCGAUCUGUCGCUUUCAACCAGCAGAGGCUCAAGACUAAAGGCUUCGUGUUCACGGAGAUGUCUUCCUUCCCCGAGACUAAAGCAGAGCGCUUGAUGUGCGUGAACGAAGUCAAGUUCUUCGUGAAGUACCACACGGUGCAGCUCAGCCGGAUAUAUCCGAAGGGGCAGCGCAUCGACUCGUCCAACUAUAACCCGGUGCCCUUCUGGAACGCCGGCUCUCAAAUGGUGGCGCUCAACUACCAGACGCCCGACAAAGCGAUGCAAAUCAACGUCGGCAAGUUCAAGGAGAACGGCAACUGCGGGUUCGUGCUCAAGCCGAAGUUCAUGCUGGAUGAGACAUACAACCCCUUCGACUACAAGGCGAUCGAGAAGUACACGAGCCCGUGGAAGAUAAGGCUGCGUGUGAUCGGCGCGCGGCACCUGUGCAAGACGGGCCGAGGCACCGCCAGCCCUUUUGUCGAGGUCGAGGUGCUCGGCGCCGACUACGACUCCGGCUCCAAGCUCGUCACCAAGAUCGUCGCGGACAACGGGCUCAACCCGAUCUGGAACGAGAGGUGCGAGUUUGAGCUGCACUGUCCGGAGCUGGCUCUGAUCCGGUUCUCGGUGCAGGACGAGGACAUGUUCGGCGAGCCCAACUUCAUCGGGCAGGCCACGCUGCCGGUGCGCUGCCUGCGCGCCGGCUUCCGCAGCGUGCCGCUGUCCAACGCUUACUCCGAGGAGCUGGAACUGUCCUCGCUGCUGGUGCGCUACUCCGUCUCCCGGGACCGCUGAUGCCGGCGCCCGGGGCGCGACCCGCGUCCCCGGCGGCGACACUACGACGACCCCCGAGCAGCCGAAACGGACGACGACGGGUCCGCCUGCGCCACCCCAGACGCGACCUGCGAUGAAUUUGCGCCAAAUACCAUUUAUUUGUCCUUGGCGGAUCUGGUCGAAAAACAUCAGGAUUGGAGCCGCCCUAAAAGUCCAUAUUACGAAAAC